AUGGCCCCUACGGUCCUGGGUGCAAGCCAGCAGCUGCCCGGCGAGUUUGCGGCCUACUACAUCGACCAGCUCACCUCCACGGUGCGCGACGAGAUUGCCAGCUGCAGCGAGCGCGCGUACGCCAGCCUGACCCUGGGGGACACGCAGCGGCUGAUGAUGUUCAAGAGCGCCAAGGAGGCCGCGGCGUACGCAGAGCAGCGCGGCUGGGAGGUGAAGGGCGAUCUUGUCUCGUUUGGUGCCAGGGGCGCGGCCGGCGACGGUAUGGACGUGGACGGCGCAGAGGGCGGCGGCGGCGGUGGCGCGGGCGCCGCUGGGGUGGCCCUCAUCCAGAACGCCCUGAUGUACGCCAAGGAGCUGGAGCGCAUUGUGUGA